CUUGUGCACACAACCCAGAAUCCCACUGGACAUAUCUGGUUUCAUCUAAAAACAGAGUUCAUUGUUCACUGCAGUGAUAUUGAACACGGCAACAAAACAGUAUGUCUUGUCAUGCCGCAGUCCCAGAUUAUCUCCCACUUAUCAGGUGCAUUUUAUUAAGAAGGCUGAGUAAGUGGGCUGGCUGGGUUGGUCCAGCUACCUCAGCAGGUGGGACGGGCUACAGAGUCACUCUUGAUCUGCCAGCCUGUUACCUAGACCUGCACAGAAAUACCAGCACAGAGCACAGAGGCAGAAGAUGGGUUUUCUAACAACUAAAAUUAUGCAGAGGACUGCAGUCUUUGUGACGUUUGGGGGUUUGGUCACUUCUCUGAUUACCACUUUCCUUCCACUGUGGAAGACGAUGAACUCUGACUUGAACGAGAUGGAGAACUGGUUCUCUGGACUGUGGCACACCUGCCUCUACACUGAGGAGGUAGGGAUUCAGUGUAAGGCCUACGAGUCCAUCCUGGGACUGCCAAUGGACUUGCAGAUCUCCAGGGUGCUCAUGUCAGUGUCUAUAGGCACUGGAGGUUUAGCUCUGCUGGCUGCCUUUCCAGGACUGGAGGGGGUCGAGACGUGUUCAGGGAAGCCUGGCCUGAAGAGACGGUUCCUCAUCGUCGGUGGGGUGCUGUCCUGGGUUUCAGGACUCACCACUCUGGCUCCUGUCUCCUUUGUGGCCUACACAACUGUGGUGGACUUCUGGGAUGAGGGUUUUCCUGAUGUGAUGCCGCGCUGGGAGUAUGGAGAGGCGAUGUUCUCUGGAUGGUUUGGAGGUUUGGCUCUGGUUGUCGGAGGGACUCUCUUCUUUAUAGCUGUGUGCAUGGGGGACUUUGACCAGAGGCCACCAAGUGUGCCAAACAGCCCACAGGUGACGCACAGGACAAAGCACUACAUGAAGACAGAGGUGUUAUAGAUUUCUUAUUGUCAAACUUGUCAUUCACACACUAAAGACUUGUGGAUUGAGUGGUGAGAUCUUGACAUUACUUGUGAGGGAGUGUGACAAGAACAAUUCUGACUCACGUAACAUGAAAGCUGUAUGGCUAUUUGUGUUUUGUUAAGUAAAAUUGUUAUUGAAAGUUUCAAACACCUUUCUGUAUUCUCCAUUUCUGGUUAAUAAAAAGAUUGCCCACAUCAGAUUUUUUCAAACUAUUAAAAGUAUAGAUAAUAAGCAGCUGCAGUAGUUUAUUUAGUUUUACUUUAAAAAAGGUUACAGCGUCUAAAUAAAAAGGGUAGGAAGCUUUAUCUACAGGCAGGUACGCACCAGAGUUCACAUUCAGCUUAGAAUAAGAGCAGAACUACCAUGACAAAAUAACUUAUGUCCCUGGUGUAAUGCCAAAUGUAUUUCAGACCAGUUGAGUCUGAUCAGGUCAGUGACUCCCAAAACAAUUGACAGGUAUUUUCAUUUGACUUUUUAAAAAAAAAACCAAACACUUUUGUUCUGAUGCUUUGAGAAGUCUAUGGUACACCAGUACUGUUUGAAAAACAGGUUUCAGAUAAGUGUUCCCCAUUAAAAAAAAAAAAAACUAUGACUUUCAGUUAUAUAUGUGAAGAUACUUGUGAUUUAGAGCUUUAAUGAUUUGAGGUUAGUUAAUGUAAAUUUUACUCUACAAGUCGUAGUUUCUAAAAUGGUGUGCUUGAUGUUAUCACCGUGAGCCCCAAAUUUAGUUUUGAAUAUCAAACAUAACCUAAAUGGAAAACCCUCAGAACAAGAGAUGUAUAGCACUACUAAGUAAAUAGCUACUCUGCAGCCCCAUGCAGCGGUCAGUAUUUUUUUUUUUUUUUUUUUUUAAA